CACCCGCCCCCGCCUCCCCAACCCACCCGCGAAGUUGGUCUCAGAGGCGGACCGGGACGUCGGACGGCGAAGGGCUCGCGGCGGCCGGCCGGGAUGGGGGGGCUGCCCCUGGCCCUGGGGCUGCUGGCGGCGGCGCUGGGCGCGGUGGCGCCGCAGUCCUGCCCGGCUCAGUGCUCCUGCUCGGGCAGCACCGUGGACUGUCACGGGCUGGCGCUGCGCGGCGUGCCCAGGAACAUCCCCCGCAACACGGAGCGGCUGGACCUUAAUGGAAAUAAUAUCACAAGAAUCACCAAGACUGACUUUGCUGGUCUAAGACACCUUCGAGUCCUUCAGCUCAUGGAGAACAAGAUUAGUGCUAUUGAAAGGGGAGCAUUCCAAGAUCUAAAAGAGCUGGAGAGGCUGCGUCUAAACAGAAAUAAUCUUCAACUGCUUUCUGAAUUACUCUUUCUGGGAACUCCGAAGUUAUACAGACUUGACCUCAGUGAAAACCAGAUUCAGGCAAUUCCCAGAAAGGCUUUCCGUGGAGCUGUAGAUAUUAAAAAUCUGCAACUGGAUUACAACCAGAUCAGCUGUAUUGAAGAUGGGGCAUUUAGGGCUCUUCGCGACCUGGAAGUGCUCACUCUCAACAACAACAACAUCACACGAUUAUCAGUGGCAAGUUUCAACCACAUGCCCAAACUCAGAACUUUUCGACUCCACUCCAACAACCUCUACUGUGAUUGCCACCUGGCCUGGCUGUCUGAUUGGCUGCGUCAGCGCCCCCGGGUUGGGCUCUACACUCAGUGCAUGGGCCCAUCCCACCUGAGAGGACACAAUGUAGCAGAAGUUCAAAAAAGAGAAUUUGUCUGCAGUGGUCAUCAGUCUUUUAUGGCUCCUUCCUGCAGUGUCUUGCAUUGUCCCACUGCAUGUACCUGUAGUAACAACAUUGUGGACUGUCGGGGGAAAGGCCUUACUGAUAUCCCAACCAAUCUUCCAGAAACCAUUACUGAAAUACGGUUGGAGCAGAAUUCAAUCAAGGUCAUCCCUCCUGGAGCUUUCUCACCAUAUAAAAAGCUUCGAAGAAUUGAUCUGAGCAAUAAUCAGAUCUCUGAGGCAGCUCCAGAUGCUUUUCAGGGUCUGCGUUCACUCAACUCUCUUGUCCUCUAUGGGAAUAAAAUUACAGAACUUCCAAAAGGUCUGUUUGAAGGACUCUUCUCUCUACAGUUGCUAUUAUUAAAUGCCAACAAGAUAAACUGUCUGCGCGUAGAUGCUUUCCAAGAUCUACACAACCUGAACCUUCUCUCUCUGUAUGAUAACAAGCUUCAGACCAUUGCUAAGGGCACCUUUUCACCUCUCCGUGCAAUUCAGACUUUGCAUUUGGCUCAGAAUCCAUUUAUCUGUGACUGCCAUCUGAAGUGGCUGGCGGAUUAUCUUCAUACUAACCCUAUUGAGACCAGUGGUGCCCGUUGUACCAGCCCCCGCCGUCUGGCAAACAAAAGGAUCGGCCAGAUCAAAAGCAAGAAAUUCCGCUGCUCAGGCACAGAAGAUUACAGAUCAAAACUAAGUGGAGACUGCUUUGCAGAUCUGGCCUGCCCUGAAAAAUGUCGCUGUGAAGGAACCACAGUGGACUGCUCCAAUCAAAAGCUCAACAAAAUUCCUGACCAUAUUCCUCAGUACACAGCAGAAUUACGACUCAAUAACAAUGAAUUCACAGUAUUGGAAGCUACUGGGAUCUUUAAGAAGCUUCCUCAGUUGCGUAAAAUAAAUCUGAGCAAUAAUAAGAUCACAGAUAUAGAAGAAGGAGCAUUUGAAGGAUCAUCUGGAGUGAAUGAACUGUUGCUUACAAGUAAUCGUUUGGAGAAUGUCCAGCACAAGAUGUUCAAAGGACUAGAAAGUCUCAAAACAUUGAUGCUAAGGAGCAAUCGUAUAAGCUGUGUAGGUAACGACAGUUUCACAGGACUAAGUUCUGUCCGUUUGCUUUCCUUAUAUGACAACCAAAUUACUACAGUCGCUCCAGGAGCCUUUGAUACUCUCCAUUCACUUUCUACAUUAAACCUCUUAGCCAAUCCUUUCAACUGUAACUGUCACCUGGCUUGGCUGGGAGAUUGGCUGAGGAAGAAACGCAUUGUAACUGGAAACCCUCGCUGUCAAAAACCCUACUUCCUAAAGGAGAUUCCCAUCCAGGAUGUGGCAAUUCAAGAUUUUACUUGCGAUGAUGGAAAUGAUGACAACAGUUGUUCUCCACUGUCUCGCUGCCCCGCAGAAUGUACCUGCCUGGAUACAGUAGUUCGCUGCAGCAACAAAGGCCUUAAGGCUUUGCCCAAAGGCAUCCCAAAAGAUGUAACUGAACUUUAUUUGGAUGGAAACCAAUUUACCCUUGUUCCCAAAGAACUGUCUAAGUACAAGCAUUUGACACUUAUAGAUUUAAGUAACAACAGAAUCAGCACUCUUUCUAAUCAGAGCUUCAGCAACAUGACUCAGCUGCUCACCUUAAUUCUUAGUUACAACCGUCUGCGGUGUAUCCCUGCACGGACAUUUGAUGGGUUGAAGUCGCUUAGGUUGUUGUCUUUACAUGGCAACGAUAUUUCUGUUGUUCCUGAAGGAGCUUUUAAUGAUCUUUCAGCAUUAUCACAUCUUGCUAUUGGAGCAAACCCACUGUACUGUGAUUGUAACAUGCAGUGGCUAUCCGACUGGGUUAAGUCAGAAUACAAAGAACCGGGUAUUGCACGUUGUGCUGGUCCUGGAGAAAUGGCAGAUAAACUACUUCUCACAACUCCAUCUAAAAAAUUUACUUGUCAAGGGCCUGUGGAUGUUAAUAUUCUUGCCAAAUGUAGCCCCUGCUUAUCAAAUCCAUGUAAAAAUGAUGGAACUUGUAACAAUGAUCCUGUUGACUUCUACAGAUGUACCUGUCCUUAUGGCUUUAAGGGCCAAGAUUGCGAUAUUCCAAUUCAUGCCUGCAUCAGUAAUCCUUGUCAACAUGGUGGAACUUGCCAUUUGAAGGAAGGAGAAAAAGAUGGAUUCUGGUGUGCUUGUGCAGAUGGAUUUGAAGGUGAAAACUGUGAAGUGAAUGUUGAUGACUGUGAAGAUAAUGACUGUGAAAAUAAUUCUACCUGUGUAGACGGAAUAAAUAACUACACGUGUCUUUGUCCACCUGAAUACACAGGUGAGCUGUGUGAAGAGAAAUUAGAUUUCUGUGCCCAAGACCUGAACCCUUGUCAACAUGAAUCAAAGUGCAUCUUGACAUCCAAGGGAUACAAAUGUGACUGCACACCUGGAUUUAUAGGUGAGCAUUGUGAUAUUGACUUUGAUGACUGCCAAGACAACAAGUGUAAAAAUGGAGCCCAGUGCACUGAUGCAGUAAAUGGAUAUACUUGUAUUUGCCCAGAAGGAUACAGUGGCCUCUUUUGUGAGUUUUCACCACCAAUGGUUCUGCCUCGCACAAGUCCUUGUGAUAAUUAUGAGUGUCAGAAUGGAGCCCAGUGCAUCAUAAAAGAAAAUGAACCAAUUUGUCAGUGUUUGUCAGGAUAUCAGGGAGAGAAAUGUGAAAAGCUGGUCAGCAUAAACUUUGUGAACAAAGAAUCCUACCUGCAAAUUCCUUCAGCCAAGAUCCAUCCCCAGACCAAUAUCACGCUACAGAUUGCUACAGAUGAAGACAGUGGCAUCCUUCUGUACAAAGGUGACAAAGAUCACAUAGCAAUGGAAUUGUACCGUGGUCGAGUGAGGGUCAGUUAUGACACAGGAUUGUAUCCAGCAUCUGCCAUUUAUAGUGUUGAGACAAUCAAUGACGGGAAUUUUCACAUAGUGGAGCUGCUAGCCAUGGAUCAGAUUCUGUCUCUCUCUAUUGAUGGAGGAAGCCCCAAGAUCAUUACCAACUUGUCUAAGCAAUCUACUUUGAAUUUUGACUCUCCACUUUAUGUAGGAGGCAUGCCUAUGAAAAAUAACAUUGCAGCUCUACGCCAGUCCCCAGGCCAGAAUGGCACCAGCUUCCAUGGCUGCAUCCGUAAUCUGUACAUCAAUAGUGAACUUCAGGACUUCAGAAAUGUGCCACUGCAAGUGGGAAUUCUUCCAGGUUGUGAACCCUGCCACAAGAAAGUGUGUGGGCAUGGAACCUGUCAUGUUACCAGCCAAUCAGGCUUUACCUGCGAGUGUGAAGGAGGAUGGACUGGACCCCUUUGCGAUCAGCAAGCCAAUGACCCUUGUCUUGGAAAUAAAUGUGUGCAUGGUACCUGCUUGCCAAUCAAUGCAUUUUCAUACAGUUGUAAAUGCCUGCAGGGACAUGGGGGAGUCCUCUGUGAUGAAGAGGAAAUGCUGUUUAACCCCUGCCAGUCCAUCAGGUGUAAACAUGGCAAAUGUAGGCUUUCAGGCCUUGGGAAACCAUAUUGCGAAUGCAGCAGCGGAUACACAGGGGACAGCUGUGAUAAAGCCAAAUCCAAUGAUUCUGCUCCUAGUUUUAUCACAAACUCUACUUUUGACCUCUCAGCUUCAACUGAUUUAUCACAGCGAAUUAUGCAGAAGUCUCUUGUCGAGGGGAACGAAUCAGAGAUUACUACCAAAAGCAGCAAGGGUACGCUGCGUGCCAGACGACCAAGAAGGUAUCGAGACUAGAAUGUAAAGGAGGAUGUUCAAAUGGGCAGUGCUGUGGACCACUAAGGAGCAAGAGACGGAAAUACUCUUUUGAAUGCACUGAUGGGUC